CACCAAACUGGCCUCAUUAAUAAUAAACCCAUUUGGCCAUUUCAUCCCCUUCAAAAAGGCGAUUCCUCUUCUCCCACAUACACGUUUUUUGUGCUCACCCCUUCGCUUCGAUAAUGGAACCACCAUCUGUAGACGAUCUCGCCGAUGACCUCCGGAGCAUCAGCUUCAACUCAACCACCACUACCACAGCCACCGACAUUAACCGCAGCACAAGCUCCGGAUCCGAAACAACUUGGACCACCGCUACCUCCUCUGCUCGCCACAACCUCCACCUCCUCUGUAACACCGCCACAAAACCACAUGCGCCUUCCGGUGAUUCUUGCUGGGACGCCGUUCGUCAAUCUGGACCUGAAUCAGACGGAAAACUUACUCUCGCUGACAUCCGCUUCCUCCACCGUCUAGGAGCCGGUGACAUCGGCUCCGUAUACCUCGCAAAACUCAAAUGUUCUCCUUCUCCGCCCUCCUCCGCCAUUUUCGCCGCUAAGGUCAUGGAUAAGAGGGAGCUUGCAAGCCGUAACAAGGAAGGAAGAUCGAAGACAGAAAGGGAGAUUCUAGAGAUUUUGGAUCAUCCAUUUUUACCGACGCUUUACGCGGCGUUGGAUUCGCCGAAAUGGUCGUGUUUGUUGACCGAUUUCUGUCCCGGCGGAGACCUUCACGUUCUCCGGCAACGUCAACCAUGCAAACGCUUCCCGGAAUCCGCCGUCAGGUUUUAUGUGUCAGAGGUGAUUGUAGCUCUCGAGUACCUUCACAUGUUGGGAAUAGUUUACCGCGAUCUUAAACCGGAAAACGUUUUAGUCCGAUCCGACGGUCACAUCAUGCUUACGGAUUUCGACCUCUCUUUAAAAUGCGACCUCUCCACAUCAACCCCCGCCCAAGUUUUCUCCGACCACCACCACCUAAACCCGCCAUCAACCACCGACCACCGCCCACUCAACCCGCCCAAAUUCACCGCCUCCUCCUGCAUUCUCCCCAACUGCAUUGUCCCGGCGGUCUCUUGCUUCACCCCUAAGCGUAAACGGAAGAAGAAACCGGCGAGCCACCACGGGCCGGAGUUUGUGGCGGAGCCGGUGGAUGUCCGGUCAAUGUCGUUUGUUGGGACACAUGAAUAUCUGGCGCCGGAAAUUGUCUCCGGUGAAGGCCAUGGAAGUGCUGUUGAUUGGUGGACUUUGGGAAUAUUUAUAUUUGAAUUAUUUUAUGGUGUGACGCCGUUUAGGGGGGUGGAUAAUGAGCUAACCCUAGCUAAUAUUGUAGCUAGGGCUUUGGAGUUCCCAAAACAGCCGGUGAUUCCGGCCACCGCUAGGGAUUUAAUAAGUCAAUUGUUGGUCAAGGAUCCUGGUUGUCGGAUGGGGUCAACAAUGGGGGCAUCGGUGGUGAAGCACCACCAGUUUUUCAGUGGGGUUAAUUGGGCUUUAUUGAGAUGUACAACACCACCGUUUGUUCCACCGCCGUUUGACUACCAGGAGGUGGUGGAUGACGGUUGUCCUGGUACUCCGGUGGAAUAUUAUUAG